AUGCGAAGCUGUCUUCACCGGCGCGCCGAUGUGUUCCUUGCAUGCCUGUGUGUGGCGAUGCCCCUAUCCAUAAUUGUGGUCUGCGAGUACACUGAAGCCUCGCGUGCGAUGGAGCUCCUGCAGUCUCAGAGAAAAGAGCGCGUAGCUUCCGCGGUCGCUGGCCGCCUGCGCGCACGUUCACGCGCUUCGGCGGAGACGCCGCCGGAGCAGGGAAUGUGCACAGACUUGAGGCGCUGCGAGACGGGAUCGACGAACCGCGAAGGCAAGAGCAACCGAAAAAAGGGGAGCAAAACGUUCUUAGGAGAUUAG